AUGAAGGAGACACCAUACACUUACCGACAAACACUGAAAACACCCGCACCGAUCUCAUGUCUGGCCGAAGGAUCAUCGGGUCAUUUCUUUGCAGGCUCAGAUGACGGAUCCGUUCGCGUAUAUAAUCAAGAGACUUUGAAAGUUGUGAAGGCUAUCAGAGGGUUGGGAGAAGUAUCGUCUGUGGUAUGCAUGGCAUAUUACAGUGCAAGUGGCCUCGGGGAUAUCUGGGUCGCAUCCAAUCGUCAUGCUCUACGUUUUACUGUGGACACGGAAAAGAUGAUUCUUGCGAAGGCUGACGCGACCUUGACGUUGGAACUUGGUGCCGAAAAUGACGACGUGCUGAACGAGCUCUCGCUCAACCAAAAAAACAGUCAACUGGCAUUUUGUCUGGACUCUGGUGCAGUCGGCGUCGUUGAUCUUUCUACGAAACAAGUAACACGCAUGAAAACAAGUCAUGACAAUAUCUGUGGGACAGUGAAGUUCAUUCCCGAUCGUCCGAGUGAACUUGUUAGCGGUGGAUACGACUCUAGGCUGCUGCAUCACGACUUUCACCAAAAGACCAUAUUGUCGCGAUUCGAUUUAGGGACGUCUCCUCUGUCCGAGUCUUCAGGUGUCUCAAUGUCCCCGCCAUUCAUAUUGUCGUCUGCCAUGUCACCAUCUGGCAUCUUGGCUGCGGGAACCGCCGACGGACGGGUAUGGAUUGGCACCGGCGGAGAGAAAAUGAUAGGAGUCUCAUCUGGUGCAUCUGUCAAAAAGAAACGGCGGAAGUGGGAAGGAUUGAAGCAAGAUGGAGCCUUCACGGCGGAUGUCGGGCAUGGCCCUAUCACUGCUCUGACAUUUUUCGGGCCUCGCACACUUUUCACAUCCACAUUGAUGGGAAAAGUCACCCUCCACGAAAUUGGCGGCCCAACUGCCGAUGGAAAGUUGGACAUAUCUCCAAAGUGGACGAAGGCAACGACCGAUGUGAACAAGGUUAAUGCGAUCAUUGCUACGAAGGACUUGAUCAUCAUUGGGGGAUUGAGUGAGACGGGAGGAGGCAUAACAGAGGUUUGGGAGAAGUCGGGUGAUGUAUGA